CGGGGGUUCUGUAUCAGCGGCUAUUUAACAGACGCUGACUGUGAGGAUCAUCUCAGUCAGUCAUGGGUCGUCCUGGGUUUCAGAAGUGGACAUGGACACUCUGUGUCCUCUUAAGCUGCAUGUGUGUCGCCCAAGUCAUGGCAGGACCGCAUUACAUGGUAGCCAUCCCUGCAGUUCUUGAGGCUGGAGCUGAAACAAAAUUGUGUGCCAGUCUCCUGAAGCCCAACGAGACUCUGGACAUGACCAUCACUCUGAUUUCUGUUGAAAUGAACACAACCCUUCUGAAAAAAUCUUCCAGGCAGGAGUUUCAUGACUGUGUUGAUUUUAAGGUUCCCCUGGUGCAGAAUCAAGAGGUGUACGACUUUGAGGUGGAGUUGAAAGGCAAAAUAUUUUACUCAAAAGAAGUGAGGAAAGUCAAGGCCACAGUCUACCAACCGAUGACGUUUGUCCAAACAGAUAAACCCAUCUACCUCCCUGGACAAACAAUGCAUUUCAGAGUCGUCACACUGGACAGCAGGAUGAGACCCACCAAUAGGCUGUACAAUAUAAUUGAAGUUGAGGAUUCUAAUGAUAACCGAGUUGCACAGUGGCUGAAUAAAACAGCCGAUAGCAGCAUACUGCAACUUUCUUACUCCUUGAACUCUGAGGCCCAGGAAGGAACCUACCAGGUUAUCGUGACCGUUGGCCAGGAUAAAAUAUAUCACAGUUUCAAGGUGGAGAAAUAUGUUUUGCCUAAAUUUGAUGUAAAAAUAACGGCAGAUGAUGUCGUCAGUAUUGAGCAGGAAGAAAUAAAAGCUGAAAUAUGUGCAAAGUAUACAUAUGGACAACCUGUGCCAGGCAGUGUCAAAGUUAAGGUCUGCCGACCUCUUAGUCGCUAUUAUGUUGAUAUAGCUAUUCCUGAUAAUCCAGAGGGACUGCCUGACAUAACACCCCCAUGCUACGAGGAGACAAAGGAGACGGGAAAGAAAGGUUGUGCCACUUUUAACUUCAAGAUGACAACUUUCACAAAACUCGACCAAAAGGUGCUUCAAGAUUACUUGGAUCUGAUUGUUGAAGUGGAAGAGGAAGGGACAGAUAUUUCCCUCCACCAAAUGAAGAGACUGCAGAUUUCAUAUGUUAUUGGAAAGCUGAUGUUCAUCGACACACCCAAGAUUUAUGACAAAGGAUCAAAUGUGGAAGGAAAAGUUAAAGCGGUUCACUUCAAUGAUACACCCAUAGCUGACAUGCAGGUCUACCUGUUUAAAGGUGAGAGGUGGUCCUCACGUCUGCUGCAGAAUCUCACCACUGACAGCGAUGGUUUGGCCACUUUCUCAUUCUCCACAGCUGAACUCAAUGGAGAGAUCAACCUGCACGUUAGUAAUAAACCAAUACUGGACUACUCUGGUUAUAGAACUCGAUACUACGAGACUGGCCAACACACAGUGUCUAUGAGCCAACCUCCCUCUGCUGACACCCAAACAGUCAGCUCCCUGGAGGUGGUGAAGAAGACAAAUCCACUGUCUUGUGACACAAAAGAAGAGAUCUCCAUCAAAUUCACUGUCGUUGGAGAGAAAGGGGCCUCUGUAAUGGUGAUCUACCUGGUCUUAUCCAGAGGAGCCAUCAUCAUGCAAGGAUUUAAACAGAUUGAGUUUCAAGACCUUCCAGUGACUGAGGGUGGAAUUUCCUUUGAGUUGAAUGUGCAUCCAGAAAUGGCGCCAGAAGUCCAGGUCUUGGCCUAUGCCGUUCUCCCCAGUGAGACUGUGAUCGCUAACAGUGCUGACUUCUCCGUAGAGAAGUGCUUCAGUCACAAGGUGUCGCUGGAGUUUCUUCCAUCCUCAGCAGUCCCAGGAGAGGAGACCACCAUGCAGCUAAAGGCCCAACCAGACUCCCUGUGUGGAGUGAGCGCUGUCGACCAGAGCGUCCUCAUCAUGAGACCAGGGGAGGGCCUGACUGCAGACAAGAUUUUUAACUUGUUGCCUGUCACCAAAAGGUCUUAUGUUCCAUAUGAUGUACAUGAUGCAGUAGAAUGCUUGCCGGUUAGACCAAGAAGAUACAUUUAUCGACAUCCUUCUGAGAGAACUGAUGCAUUUAAAGUUUUCGAGAACGUUGGAUUGAAGAUGGCUACAAACUUGUUUAUCCGUAUGCCUCCAUGCCUCAACUUCAGAGGAAGAGAAUACCACGAAGGUGGUCAUCGUCAGUAUGAAAUUGCAUAUCAAAAUACUCCUACCCGAAUGAAUGUACACCGGGAAAUGGUCGGGCCAACUGGUCAUGGUUCCCCAGACUCUUCUCUCCCAGCUAUAGAGACAGUCCGUACUUUCUUCCCUGAGACUUGGAUAUGGGAUCUGGUGGAAGUUGGAGCAUCUGGAAUGAAGGAUGUGUCCCUCCUUGUCCCUGAUACCAUCACCACCUGGGAGACGGAGGCUUUCUGUUUGUCCCCUCAGGGUUUUGGCUUGGCUCCUCGUAAAGAAAUCAUCGUCUUCCAACCCUUCUUCCUCGAGCUCACGAUGCCCUACUCCAUCAUCCGUGGGGAGCACUUUGAACUGAAGGCAACCAUCUUCAACUACCUUUCCAUCUGCAUCAUGGUCUCUGUGACGCCAGCACACUCCUUAGAAUACACCCUUACCCCCCUCUCUGGUGAUAAGUACACAUCCUGUUUGUGUGGCAAUGAGCGCUUGACCCUCAGCUGGAACAUGUCCCCUACAGCUUUAGGGGUUGUGAAUGUGUCGGUGAGUGCUGAGGCUGUGGCAUCUCACACUUCCUGUGACAAUGAGAUUGUGAGCGUUCCAGAAAGAGGCCGUAUCGACGUGGUCACACGACCACUCAUAGUAAAGGCUGAGGGAACUGAAAUGACAAAGACCCACAACCUGCUGCUCUGUCCAAAAGGAGAGGCCUUGACAGAGGAAGUAGAGUUACAGCUCCCUGAGAAUGUGAUCGAUGGAUCAGCUCGUGCCUCACUAUCAGUUCUGGGCGACAUCCUGGGUCGAGCCCUGAAAAACCUGGAUGGGCUGCUUAGGAUGCCAUAUGGAUGUGGUGAGCAGAACAUGGCGCUUCUGGCCCCCAACAUCUACAUCCUGCAGUACCUGAAAAACACGCAGCAGCUGACACCAGCCAUCAUGGAGAAGUCUACCAACUUCCUGUCAAGCGGUUACCAGAGACAGCUGAACUACAAACAUAUUGAUGGAGCUUACAGCACAUUUGGAUCAGGAACAGGGAACACUUGGCUCACUGCUUUCGUGUUGAGAUCUUUUGCCAAAGCAAAAUCGUUCAUCUACAUUGAUCCAAGGAACAUUGAAUCAUCUAAAACUUGGCUGGAGGAAAAACAACGUGAAAAUGGCUGUUUCGAACAGUCAGGAAAACUUUUUAACAACAGGAUGAAGGGUGGUGUGUCUGAUGAAGUGACGCUUACUGCUUACAUCACUGCCGGUUUCUUGGAAAUGAAUUCGUCUACUGAUGAUGCUGUGGUGAAGAAGAGCCUGUCCUGCCUUAAGGAGUCCGCCAAUGACCUCAGCAACACCUACACCACAGCUCUGUUGGCGUACGUCUUUACCCUGGCAGGAGACAUGGAGACCCGUGCUCACCUCCUGACGCACCUUGACACAGUUGGACACAAACAAGGGGGUUUCCUCCAUUGGUCUCAGACAGCAACAGAAACAUCAGCCUCUCUGUCUGUGGAGAUCAGCUCCUAUGUGAUGCUGGCCAAACUCAGUGCCUCGCCCAGUGCUGAAGACCUGGGCUACACCUCUCGCAUUGUCAGAUGGCUGACGGGUCAGCAGAACUAUUAUGGAGGCUUCUCGUCAACACAGGACACAGUGGUGGCUCUUCAGGCUCUGGCUCUUUACUCCACUCUGGUAUUCAGUCCAGACGGUUCAAGCACAGUGAUGGUCCAGUCCCCCAGUGGUCAGCUGUCAUUUGAUGUGAACAGGGACAACAAACUGCUGUACCAGGAGAAGAGGCUACAGGACGUGAUAGGAAAGUACAGCGUGAAGGUGAAGGGCAGCGCGUGUGCUUCAAUACAGAUUAGUCUUAACUACAACAUCCCAACUCCGACUGAAGUCACAUCCUUCAGUGUUGAGGUCAAGCCAGAGGCUGACUGCGCCAAAAACAAACUCAGUCUGUUGCUAAAGUGCCUCUAUCAUGGAAAAGAGAAUAAUACAAACAUGGUGAUCCUGGAAAUCAAAAUGCUCUCCGGCUUUGUCCCAGAUCCACAGUCUUUGAAGGGGCUCAAAAGUGCCCUUCUGGUGGAUCGUGUUGAAGAAAAGGAGGAUCAUGUUCUGGUGUACAUCCGGGAGCUACCAAAGGACAUACCCAUCAACUACAAGUUAAGUGUCUUCCAGGAGCUGCCAGUGCAGAACCUGAAGCCAGCCGUGGUCAAGAUGUAUGACUACUACCAGCCAAGUGACCAGGCUAAGACAGAAUACAUCUACACUUGUGCUGCAGCUUGAAGGGAGGAGAGUUUUCAGUCUCUGGGUUGUCCCACUAUGAGCAGUUUAACACAAAUGCUUAACACAUUUCUGUUUAUAUACUGUAUGUGUUUGAGGUGAAACUUAUGAAGAAUAAAAUGAUAUGAUGUGAAUGUCCAA